UAAAAAUCAUAAGAAAAGAGAGAAAAAAAAAAGAAACUAUGGUGUCUAAGCAGUCCAGCACGGGUCGGAUCUCCAACGCCCGUCUCUUGUCUCUUCUCCAUCUCUCCCUCCCCCCUUUCGCCCUCGCCUUCGUCCCUGAUCAAUCCUAUCCUGGCCAUCUCCAUCCAUUCUUCUCUUCUCUCUCCUCCUUCCCCCCUUCACUUCCCCAUCCGCAAUCCCUUUCUGUCUCCCCCGUCUCCUCUUCCCUUCCCCAGCCUCAUCCAGUGAACGGCCCCGUCUUCUGCUGUUCCAGAAGAUAAGGUGCCUUUCCAAGGAUCUGGGUGAACCUUUGUUGUGGCCGUUCUUUGCCCUUUUUCUUUUAUUAUGUUUUGAUGCUUACUGCCUGCCUUUCUCUUCUCGUCUCCUUUUCUUUUCUUUCUCUGUACAUGGCUUGGCCACAGCUGUGUGCCAUCUGAAGGGUUGAAUCCCCUUGGUCUCCUCCUCUAUCUCCACGGCUCCGUUUCUUCUCUUUCACGUCCACUGCUUCUGUCAUUUGCAUCUGGCGUCGUCUUCCAUGCUUCUUCCUUCUUGUAUCAUAUUAAUCUUAUGUUCAUACGUGUGAGGAAAGGACAUCGCUUCUCGCCUCUCGCGUCUCUCCCUCUCGAUCUCUCUGGUUCUCUCUGUUCGCCCUGAUCCCAUUUUCCAUUGCAACUCGUGUGCCUGAACGAGGUUCCGCUGCCUCCGUGCCUGUCUUUACGACUGCGCUGGAAAUUCCCGUGGUGUUGAAUGAGGAAACGCCAUGGCGGCGUUAGUGCAGACAAUGCCACAGCAAAGUACCACCGUCUCCGUGCUUGCAGCACGUCCUUCGUCUUCAUCUGCCACAUUUACUCCUUCCUCUCAAUCGCCACAGUCGGCGUCUCGAAGUCAAACCAUGUCGUGGAGCACCUUGAAUGCCGGGAAUAAUUCUGGAAGCUACAGGGGUCGCCAGGUGGUCGCUCCCUACGCUUUCACGAGCACCCCCAAUCUGGCCAGUUCCCAAAACCGCCGGUCGUGGUCGCCUCAUCUGUCUCCUGACCAUGGAACUAUCCCCACUCCUUCAGCGCCGCAAAACCCUCCUUCUGGUGGACUUGGCAACCACAAUAACAGCCACCCCUCGCGACUCGUGAGUCAUGUUGCAGCUGGUUCUGUAUCCACUCCGUCGUCUUCCAAUUCAUCUCUCCGCUCCGUGUCCAAAGAUGACACGGCCAUUCCGUCGAGACACAGUAGCUGGAACGACCCGGCCCUCCGUCCCCUAUCCACCGCGAAACCCCCUACCCUUCCUCCGAUAAACACGUCCACACUCUCUUCUAAACCGUCACCCGAUCGUUACCGUCGGGGCAGCAGAGGAGUCACCGGGGGGCAGCCUACGAAUGUGCCUACGUCACCUACGGUUUCUUCGACUACGCUGGAUAGUCACGCCCCAUCGUCACAACGCCCUUCCAGCUCCUCGGACCGCCAGAAUUCUUCCCGCAACGUUCCUCGCGUAGCGGGUCAUGGCCGUGGGUCCAGCACCGAUGAGACCGCUGGUACCGAGAAACAACAGCCUGAGCUUGCAAAACGAUAUAGACGCCGGAGCGUGGGAACCGUUGACAGUGCUAAUCUGCUCAACAUGGAAUGUCAAGUACCCAAAUCCGAGACGGAUCUGUCUAAUUUACAUCCCCGGGACGCUGCCAUUCGGCCUCGUUCGAUUCACUCCCAGAGAGACCGUACUGGAAGUAUCGAGUCUGCCCGUUCUUCCAGUUCGUCGGUACACGAUAGCGGAAGAACAGAACCUGUGUCAUCCAGCAGAACCUCCAAGCCGGAUCAUGCCAAGCGAUUGAGCAAACCCUCACCACUAUCUCAACCUGUUCCAGCAACUGCUCCUCAGACCACAACGACCCCAGAUGCGAGUGGCAAGGAAAAGAAAGUGUCGACCGCAUCAAACAGCCCCGCUACACAACGUCUCACAGAUAUCAAUAAUCAUGUGCCAGAAAAGUCCGGAAAGUCCAGACUAAGACGAGCCUUUUCGUUCGGGAGCGCAUCAGACCUUAUCAAAGCGUCCUCGCACAACAACGCUCUGAGUAGAGAAGCAAUGAUGGCGGAACAGGCCCGGAGACAGCAGCUGAAAGAGGAACUAGGUGCGGAGCAGGCUGCGAUCGCCGAGAAGCAGGAGGCCAGUGGACUGGGGGAGAGCAUCUAUUCUUCGCGUCAGUCCUACUUUACGAGGGGCUCAACCGACGAACUAUCCAUUUCAUCCACGGCUUCGUCUGCGUCAAUUAUGCUUCGGAAGAUGGGCAAGGGGAUGAAGCGGUCUACGAGAUCCCUUGUUGGCUUGUUUCGACCGAAAUCAUCCCAUCACCACUCCGUGGAGGCGACUGUGGGGCCCAUGGAGCCGACGCUGUCGGUGGUUAACGUCGAGGCUGAUAAGAAAAAGACUCCAGUUAAGCCAGCACUACAGGAUAUUCCGCGUGCUACUGCUGCGCCGCCUAGGAUCGGAAUUGACAAUUGGGAUGCCACCAAUUCUGGGUCCAGCCGUGAGGCGUCUGCUGUUAAUGGUAGAUCCCACUUGCGGCAGAGUAUCGUGGGAGGGGACAGAGAGCGAGCUGAAGUUCUUGCUGCCGUCAAUAACCGGAAGGGUAUCUUGAAAAAGAGUUAUUCCGACUCGGCAGCAUCGUCAGCACCGGCAAAGCCCAACGAAGGCUGCCAUUCACGAAACGGCAGUGAUUCGCCGCACUCGAGUGUUCCCAGUACGCCGGUGGACCAAAGCAGCCGAAGGAACGACGGUGUCACGAUCGCCGGCGAGGAUUAUUUCACGUCGCAAAGGCGAACGGUCGGCCCUGAGGCGAGUAGUGUCCCGGUUAGUCCGCAACCGGUGGUUAAGAACAUAGUUUUCAGCCCGCGGAUCCAAUUCUUUGAGACAUGGCCCAGUGGCGAGUAUGAUCGGCGUGCGGACAUCGCGACGUGCAAUCGUUUGACUCCUCUCCUUGCUCAACAGAUCAAGGAGGAGUUGAACAACUUCAAAUUGGAGAUGGAAGUGCACGAGAUGUCCAAGGUUUAUACGCAUUUCAUCUGAAUGGCUACACAGAUGACUCUUUGGCAUGUCAGUGGAAUCAGCGGAUGAUCACCGAUUUUUUUUUCUUUUCAAUUUCCUGGCCCGGUGUCGUAUGGUCUGUAUACACCAACCAUAACAACUUCAGAGACAUGCCUCAUUCCGAAAGAGUGAGGAGACGACAUAUCGUUUUAUUUUUCUUUCAUCUCUCCCCCCCGCUUCCAUAGAUAGGGACCGGUGAAUCGCCGGUAUAUGUCGACUGGGCGUUACGGUGACAGCAACGUGGUUUCUGAUUUUGGGCGAAAAGCACGUGUCUUUGCAUCUGCGAAGUGAGCCGAGGGGAGGAAGCGUCGCCGUCCGUGCAGGACGAGAAAUCGAGGCGCUCUGGGCGCUGCAUUGACGUUGAUAAUAUUUCUUCCCGCCUGGUCUCUUUUUUUAUUUUUGUGUGUGUGUGCGAGUGGGAUUGGGCCUUAUCGCUCCCUAGCGGAUUUCUUAUUUCAUAUAAUGUUGACAACCCCACCAUCCCGUCCAUGGGCUAUUAUUUUGUCUCGGCAUGUGAAUGUGUUGGAAAGCGUGCAAAAUGUGCUUCUUUCUUAAUCUUCUUUCGUCUUCAUUUUUUCUCCUGGUGGGUGUGUAUCCGGUCUGCGUCGUUUCAACAUUGGCAUUUGUUACGUGGCCACGCCUUUGCGGUUCCCUUGCGCUCUGGCAGUUCUCCUUUUUCCAGUCUGAUUUGUCUCAUAUCUAGUUUGCACUAUCCAUUUGUCGCCAUUAGCGUGAGUGUACAUGUGUUGAGUGUCAAGCUGAGGAUGUUCCUCUCAUUGCUGCAUGUGUGGUCUGGUAAUUAAUUUGGUAGAGAGCGCAAUGCAUAUUGAAUUCGCA